UGUACUUUCGCGAUGUGAUGCUUCCAACGGAAUAUGAACAGCUAAGCCUUAAGUUGCGUGCAGCUUUGGAGACCGUUAAGCAUGUUGGGCUGACAACGGAUCUUUGGACAUCUGCAGCUAACGAAGGCUACAUCACAAUCACAUGUCAUUAUAUAACAGAAAACUUUAAAUUAACGUCUGCACUGCUAUCGACAGCACCAUUGAUUACCCCCACAAAUCAUAACGCCCAAAACAUCGCAGACUCAAUAAGCUCAAUGUUGGCUAAGUGGGGUCUUCUGUCGAAGGUUGUCACCGUUACAACGGACAAUGAUACAACCAUGAAAAAAGCGUGCGAUAUAUUAGCUUUCAAGCAUUUACCCUGUUUGGCACUCACAAUAAAUCUGCUUGCUCAGGACAUUUUAAAACUGGCAGCAGUAAAUGGUAUUAUCUCAAAAUGCAAACGAAUAGUCACUUACUUCAAGCAAAACACAAUAGCCACAGCUAAAUUAAAGGAAGUCCAGAAUACAAAUCAGCCGCUUGUCUUAAUUCAGGAAGUAAGCACUAUCAAAAGAAUUUUACAAAUAAACGAAUAUGUUACAUUGACAUUGUUAAAAUUGCGAAAUAGCCCUUCACCGAUCCCAACUGAAGAACUCGAGGUCUUGGAUGACCUGUCGGACUUGCUGUCACCUUUUCAGGAAACGACUCUUUCGGUAUCGACUAACACAAAAGUUUCUGUGUCCCUUAUCAUUCCCGUCAUUGCCGGGAUUCAUCACAAAAUGAAUCAAUUAAAUGCAAAGUUACGAACACAGGAAGGAAAAGAUGUAUAUGACCUUGUUAAGAAACGCUUAGUGGAAAGACUGGAUACUUUUGAAACGCGCACAAUUCCUCGCAUCGCUACUCUCGUUGAUCCUCGCUUCAAAAAAGAUGGCUUUCUCAGACCUUCAAAUGCAGAUCAAGCAGCCAAAGCAUUGGAGCUGGAAUUGCUGUCGUUUAAGUCUACAACUCCACGACAUCCACCAACACCACCAGAGCCAACGUCAAACGAGCCAAAUUUCAGAUUUUCAUUUUUGUAAAACAAAUCAAAAGUGAAGUCCACCCGAGCCGAUGCCAUUAUUACCACAAGGCAAUUUAUAGAAAAGGAAAACGCUCCUUGCACUUGCGACCCCUUAAAGUAUUGGGAGGUGACUGAUGACAACGAUCUCAAAUUGGUUGCGAAAAAGUAU